CUUUCUCCCGCUGUCUAAGCUAAGAGAGCUCUCGUCUCUCUCUCUCUCUCUCUCUCUCUAAGCACAAAUCUAACCUCUGUAAGUUUUUCUGUGCGUCUCCCAAUAAGUUCUUUCUCGAAUUCGUUUCAAUCGUUUCUUCUUUUGAUUCGCCAAUAGAGUUCUCUUCUCUUUUCUCUUUUUGGCCUAAAGAUCCGCAAUGAAUUGCUCGAUUACAGUGAUUCCUCGUGAUUCGUGCUGAUUCAAUCUGUAAUUCCAUUUCUUUGACGCUAUUUCAUUUUUGUUCCGGUAUAUUUGCUCGCUUAAUCGCUGAAACAGUUAAGAUCUCUGAAGUAUUUUCGCAACUCAAGGUACUAACCAUAGCUUAGCAGUUACAUUUUAGUAAUUUUUCUGGUUUUAGGGUUUUGGCUGAUUGUUGUUAUUUUGCGGUUACAAUGGUUUAAUUUGGAACUCGGUUUCUUGCUUUAACAUGGGAUUUUGAUUUUGGAGUCUAGGAUACUCUAAUGAGACGCCGCUCUGCGGCGACGGCCCCUUUUGAACAAAUGGAGAAAGGGCCUGGUAAAAAUCAACAGAAUCGUCUUUGUUUAUUGGCAUCUCUCUCUGCUUUUUUUUGGCUUCUGUUAUUGUACUUUCAUUUUGUUGUGUUAGGAAGCAGUAAUGUUGAUGAUACUGUUAAAUUAGAGUCUCAUCCACUAAAUCCUGAAUCGACCCCUGCUUUUCUAACUGAUGCCCGUUUGACAAAUAACCCAUUGAGAACUACCCCUUUAAUAGAUGCCUCGUCAAAAAAUGCCUCAACUAGCAGUGGCAGUAAAAAGAGAGAGAAUUUCCAGUUUAUGAGGGCUUUGAGAACUAUAGAGAAUAAGAGUGAUCCUUGUGGAGGAAAGUAUAUAUAUGUCCAUGAUUUGCCUCCUAGGUUCAAUGAGGAUAUGUUGAAGGAGUGUAGGAGUUUGAGUCUUUGGACUAAUAUGUGCAAGUUUACUAGUAACGCUGGGAUGGGACCCCCACUGGAGAAUGUUGAAGGGGUCUUUUCAAAUACGGGGUGGUAUGCCACAAACCAGUUUGCGGUGGAUGUGAUAUUCAGUAAUAGAAUGAAGCAGUAUGAGUGCUUGACAAAUGAUUCUUCCCUUGCCGCAGCAAUUUUUGUGCCAUUUUAUGCAGGGUUUGAUAUUGCUAGAUAUCUUUGGGGAUAUAAUAUCUCUAGGAGAGAUGCUGCAUCUCUUGAUUUGGUCAAUUGGCUUAUGAAAAGGCCAGAGUGGGGGAUUAUGGGAGGGAGGGAUCAUUUUUUGGUGGCAGGGAGGAUAACAUGGGAUUUCAGGAGGUUAUCCGAUGAAGAAUCGGAUUGGGGCAAUAAGCUACUGUUUUUGCCAGCUGCAAAGAAUAUGUCGAUGCUUGUGGUCGAAUCAAGUCCAUGGAAUGCGAAUGACUUUGGCAUUCCUUAUCCAACCUAUUUUCAUCCUGCAAAGGAUGAUGAUGUGUUUAUUUGGCAAGAUAGGAUGAGGAAUUUAGAAAGAAAAUGGCUUUUCUCUUUUGCUGGGGCACCACGCCCUGAUAACCCGAAAUCAAUUAGAGGGCAGAUCAUAGAUCAGUGUAAGCACUCAAAGGUCUGCAAGUUGUUGGAAUGUGAUUUUGGGGAGAGCAAAUGUCAUUCUCCCAGCAGUAUAAUGCAAAUGUUUCAGAGCUCCCUUUUCUGCUUACAACCUCAGGGCGAUUCAUACACACGAAGGUCAGCUUUUGAUUCGAUGUUGGCAGGUUGUAUUCCUGUCUUCUUCCAUCCUGGCUCAGCUUAUACGCAAUAUACUUGGCAUCUACCCAAGAAUUUUACUACUUAUUCAGUGUUUAUUCCAGAGGAUGAUAUCCGGAAAAGAAAUGUCAGCAUAGAGGAACGGCUUAGUCAGAUUUCUCCUGAGCAAGUGAAGAUCAUGAGAGAGAAAGUUAUUAGUCUCAUCCCAGGGCUUAUAUAUGCUGAUCCUCGCUCAAAAUUGGAGACAUUGAAGGAUGCUUUUGAUGUUGCUGUCCAAGCAGUUAUUGACAAAGUCACAAGGUUGAGGAGGAACAUUAUUGAAGGCCGUACAGAAUAUGAUAAUUUUGUGGAGGAAAACAGUUGGAAAUAUGCUUUAUUGGACGAAGGACAACGUGAGGUAGGAGCUCAUGAAUGGGAUCCCUUUUUUUCAAAACCAAAGGACGGCAAUGGCGAUUCUGGUGGUUCCUCUGCAGAAGUUGCAAAAAACUCGUGGAAGAACGAGCAGAGAGGUCAAUCAUGAGAUCUAGGUGAUAGCAUAGCAACAGAAGUUAGUAAUUAUUACUGUACAACAACUGCGUACAACAAGACCUUGGCUUUGAUAGGUCAGGUAUGGACCCUUGCGAGGGCCUUGCAAUGAAAAAUUUGUAGAGUUCAUAAUGGCCCAGUUCCUUGUUUUGUCAAACAGAAACACGGGCUCAUCAUAUUCUCUGCUUCUAAUAUACUUCUUAUAAUGAAAGUUUUACCCCUUUGCAUUUUGUAUUUUUCUUGGCAAUUCUUUCUAUUGUAUUGUAGCUGCUGAGAUAAUAUCUUUUUGUUUCUUUUCUGAUCUUUUUUGCAUAGAAGGAAUUAUAAUAAAAAUGAGUGUUUUAUAUUUUUA